CCCGCGUCACUCGACGAGUUCAUGCGUGAACCGGCCGUACUCACGACUCUUCUCGGUCAUAAGAAGAAGCCUCGGCGAGGCUCGACCAGCUCGCAACGUACACUUGACAGCGUUCAGGAGCGGGAUCCACAUAAGAAGGACCUGCCGAAGGCGAAGGAUUCUUCGGAUACUACGAAUCUAGUUACGCUCGUAGUCACAGAAGAGCAUCAGGCUCAACACCUCAAGGCUGUCCUUCGACUCACUGGAGAACGACUUGAUUACGAGAUGCGGCGAGCGGACCAAGCAGAGCAACGUGCUCGCACGGCGGAAAGCCAUGCGCGCGACGUUUCGACUCAUGUGGCGACCGCAGAGAACGAACGGUACCAAGCAAAGCUGGGUGCCACACGAUCGCAGGAAGAGGUCAAGCAAUAUCAGCUACUCGCAGAGAAGGCUGAGCGAGAGCUCCGGAGAGUCGAGGCGGAAUUGCAGAGGUCCGAGAGGCUGAGGAAAGAAGCAGAGCAAAGUGCAGCAGAUGCCAGGGAUGUCGCUCGGAAGGCACAGCAAGCCUUGAGAGAGCAUCAGGCCGGAGAAGAAGGAAGGGGAGAGGGUCGCACGUUGGAAGUUAAAGUCAGCCGAGAAUGCGAUGACGGCAGAGUGGAUGGGCUUGAGGACGGACGUGCGCAGGGUUUUGAAGCAGGCUACGCUGAAGGCUUUGAGGCUGGCCGAGCUGAAGGCUAUGCGGCGGGUCGAGAGGAUGGCUGUGAUGCUGGACGGUUGAUAGGAUUCGAAGACGGCAAGAAGGUGGGCUUUUCGGAGGGUUACGAGGAUGGCAUGCAAGAUGGUCGCAGGAACGAGCGAGAACGCUCUCUUAAGGCCUUCGAUAAAUUCACGGAUUCGAAGGAGGGUCGGGAGCAGGCUACGAAGCAGGCCGGUGAUGCAAAACCGCUUCCUGUACCUGGACGUGCUCGAUCUCCGCGCAAAGACAAGACUCCACCUCCAAGAUCGACUCCGUCCCCAGAACGUGCGGUGGUCCCUCCACCACCGCCAGCUAAGACUCCAUCUCCACCUCCCAUUCCAGUAUGGCUGCACCGUAAGCCAAACUUCGCGCAGAGCGCAGGC